AUGAACGCAACAUACAAUUCACCGUAUACUUCCAGCUCCGGCUCGUCCUCAUCUUCAGACUCCACCGGCUACAUGACUACAGCCAACAUGACCUCAGAUGUUCCCAUCACGCCGGACGUCGUGGCGAACCCUUGGAAUACUUCGCUACUAUGGUCUGGCGGUAUCGUCGAUAAUAGAGAUCCGCAUUCCACCUUCUGGCCUGCGUCCAACUGGCACAAUCUUACCGUUCCAGGCAAUGUCGACACGCAACCCAUCGGCUACUACUAUUCCUCAUCUACAGCAGGUGACUCGGUGAAUUUUUACUUUAGCGGGCACGGUCUUUCCGUCCUCGACUUUCGUGGUCCUACCAGAGGCAGAUACAACGUCACUAUCGACAACACCACCUCGGUCGUCAUCGAUGCAUACUCCACCACUGACGAGCUCGCACAAUCGUCUGGCACCCAACUGCCCCCCGCCAUCUGGACCUCCGAGACCAUCGACGAGGGUACACACUAUGUCGUCAUGAGCAACAUCAACAACGCCUCCGACAUGAACUUUUGGGGCGUCGUCAUCAACCCGAACAACUACAAGCCUGGCAAAUCCUUCAUGCCCGUCACAUCCAACACGAAAGUGAUCCUUAUCGCUUCCACCGUCACAGCUGUAGUCAUGCUCGGCCUCUUCAUCCUCUUCGGCACAUUUUUCUAUCAAUACAAGAUCGUUCGACCACGCAGACGACUCCAGCAACAGGUGGACUCCGAACGCAAGGAUACGCUACUGCCUCCGCGCUCCUCGAGCUCCAGUCACCGCAGGUUAUCGGCAGCAGCAGCCGCAGCUUCUUCCUCACGCUUGCGCCUUGAUACCAACUUCCUCGCGAGCCAAGGCGACAUUGGAAGAGUGCCUAGCCGCGUCACCGCCACCACCGACGAGUCGCAGUAUUGGGUCCGACCCCAGAGUCAGUUGGCCGAAGUCAUCGACAUGAGACAGUCGACCAGAACUCCCGCCGUCUUUCAAGAAAUCCGGCUAUCAUCUCAUCAAGAUUCCGUCGCAUCCUCUCCGAUUGAUUACAGCCCUGACAGCGAGGUGGGUGUCUCUCCGACCGAACUGCGUCAGCCUCUCUCGCCCCUUUCCCCGACCAACCUUGCCUCUGCCACUGCUUCCACGCCUACCCACUACACCGCUUUCUGGGAUGCCAGAUCAGUGCCAUACGCCCCCUCUCCCAUUCACCAUCUGCCAUCUCAUCAUCACUCGAGCUCACUCAACCUCGACGCUUCCACCAACGGCCAAUCGAUCCACGGUGUAGGUCCAAGCACGAACUACUCCCACCACUGCCGAGUCGCAUCGGCCCCUUUUGCGAAUCCAUUCCAGGAUCCUACCUCUGCGACGGCUGCACCGAUUAGGCUUGCACGAGCCGGCUCGCGCCGUCCACUGCCAACACCACCUACAGCAGCCUCGCCCAUCAGUCCUAUGAUCACUCCCUCGCCCCUCUCCAUCCCAUCCCCUGCCCCGACACCCAGUUUCCACCAAAACAGCGCAUCUAACACGAGCUUGCAGCCAUCCACCCGCCUCAGCCGCAAUGCCUCUCAGCGAUACCGCGUCGAGCAAGACGCUUGCUCACUCCACCUCUCUGAAGAUGGGCUCUUUGACGACCACACUGGCGAGACCUUGCUACCUCCUCCGUAUGCUCCCAGGGAUCUCGGGAGGCAAUUUGUAUAG